CACGCAACACAUCACACACCCACACUCCCGUCGCACACCCAGCAUGUCGCACACACAACAUGUUGCACACACACCACACAUAGCACAAGACAUCGCACGCACACAUCCCCGUCAUGCACACACACCACGUUGCACAACACCCCUGGAGUUGGACACGCCUGCCACACAUGGCACCACACCACAAUCAUGCCAAUGCCACACCCUCUCACCCACAACACAUCACAAUCAUACACAUAGGCAUGCCACCGUCAGUGUUGCACACCAUAUUCACACCCAAUGCCCACUUCUCAGGUACAGUACCACUCACAGACAUACCCCCCUCCUGAUACACCCAGCCACAUAGAGUAUCGCAUCACGUUCACACCCACUCCCUCACAUCUCACUUGUGACCACACCACAGUCACAUACCACAUUCACCCCCCCACACACACACCACAAUGUCACAGCCACAGCAGCAGGAAGCUGGUCUCGGAAGUGUUUUGCAAACAAUCCGAUUACUUAAUAAUUGGAAUUUCCCAGCCCUGGGCCUGUUUUUCCCGUCAGCCCCCCACCCUAUGGGCACAAGACGGGGCUUCCCGCUCCCCUGGCCCAGCCUGCAGGCAAAUAAGCCAAAAAUGAUUUGUGCUAAAUGGGGGAGGGGUGAAAAGGACAGCAAAACACAGGUUGGGUGUGUCAGGCUGAGCAGGGAGGUGUGCGUGGUGUGAGCAGAAGCGUGCGGGGUGUCAGUGCAAGUGUGUAAGGUGUACAGGGUGUAGGUAUGAAUGAAGGUGUAUCGUGUGUGCAUGAGUGAGGGUGUGCAGGAAGAAAGGAUAUGAAUGUGUUGAACCGCGGGGGGGGGGGGUGUGCGCGUGCAUGUACCUUUGUGUGUUUGGGUUAGUGUGUGUGUGUUUUGGUGCAAGGGUGUCUGUUUACACGGCUGUGAGUAUGUGCAGUGCGUCAGUGUGCAUUUGUGUGUGUGUGUAUGUGAGUGAGCGGGAGGCUGACAGUGUGUGCCUCUGUGUGUGUUCGGUCGGGGGGGUGGCAGACAGCAGCUGGUCUGUAUGUACAGUGUAACGCCCAUCAGCUGAUGCCCCCCCUCCCCGGGGGGGCUUUCACCCCGAAGGGAGAGGAGCUGCCGGCUCUAGGAGCAGCAGGGUCACUAGAUGCCCAGGGACAGACCUGGUGCCCCUCGGCCAUGGAGCCAACAGCCUUGCCCCAAACACAGGGACCCCCAAGCGAUGACUUGCCAGGACCCCUGGCAGCCCCCCAGGGCUGGUCUUAUUGGGGAUCAGCCCCCACCCCGCCAAGGCAAAUUGUCUGCCCAGGGUUAAGGUGUUCUCCCCUUCCCGCUGGGGAACCUCCUCCCUGGCUAGGGGGCGGGAUUAGGGUGUUCUCACUCCCCGCCCUGCCAGGGCCUCCACCCUGGCUGGGGGGGUGGGGGGCCGGCAGCCCAGUCUGUCUGAGCCUGGACUCUCCCCAGAGAAGCUGCAGGAUCCUAGUUCCUAUGGACGUGCCUCGCUGGACCCUGGCCGCGAACGCUUCGGCGCUGCCCCCCAACGAGACGGGCUGCGGGGAACAGGCCGACUUCCAGUACGUGCUCUUCCCCGUGGUUUACAGCCUGGUCUUCGUGCUGGGCAUGGCCGGGAACCUCUCCGUGCUCUGGUAUUUCCUGCGCACCCGGACAGCCACCGCCCCGGCCAACAUCUUCCUGGCGAACCUGGCCUCCCUCGACCUGAUCUUCGUGCUGACCCUGCCCUUCCGGGUGGCCUACCACGCCCUGCGCAACGACUGGGUGUUCGGCGAGGCCCUGUGCAAGAUCACCGGCUCCCUCUUCUACGCCAACCUGUACGGCAGUUCCCUCUUCCUCACCUGCAUCUGCCUGGAGCGCUACGUGGCCGUGGUGCACCCGCUGCGCUCGCUCCGCCUGCGCCGGCCCCUCUACCGCGUGGCCAGCUGCCUGGCCGUCUGGGCCCUGCUGGCCGUGGCCGUGCUGUACCUGACACUGCGGGGCCCCCUCACCCGCCCCUUCCCUGACGGGCGCCUGGCCUGCCUGGAGAACUUCUCCAGCGACUCCUGGAAGGGCCGGAUCUCCAGGGUCAGCCUCUUCGCCGCCGCCGUUGGCUUCCUGGUGCCGCUGGCACUCAUCGGUAUCUGCUACCCGCUCAUCGCCCGCCGGCUGCUGGAGAUGCCGGGGAUGGCGCCCGGCUCGCAGGCUGCCCGGCGCAAGGCGCUGCGCACGGUGCUGGUUGUGCUGGCGGUGUUCCUGCUCUGCUUCGCUCCCUACCACAUCACCCAGGUGGUGCACACGCUGUGGCGGCUGGGGGCACUGGAGGGCUGCCAGCUCCUCCGCGGCACCUACGCCGCCCGGCGCGUCACCAUGGCCCUGACCAGCCUUAACGCCUGCCUGGACCCGCUGGUCUAUUACUGCGCGGUCGAGCGCUUUGCCUGGAGCCCGCCCUGCAGCGGCCGGUGCUGCUGGGGGCGGCCGGCUGCCUCCGAGGACACCCAGGGCACGGGGCUGCAGGCGCUGGACAAUGGAGCCUCCCGGGGGUCCCACCCCAAGACAGUGACCUCGUCCCACGCCACCCAUGGAGGGGCCUGAAGGGUCCCCCCGUGCUCGGCUCCUGAGGAUACACCAAUGGACUCUCCCCACUUGCGUCCCAGCUGUCAGUGUUACCCUCCCCCGAAGCACCGAUGUUGGGUUCUCUGCUGCUGGAGAAGGGAGGGAUGGUGAACAGUGUUACAGGGGUGUGUACGUCUGUGUAGUAUUACGUGUGUGCACAGCCGUGUGUGUGUGUGUGUGAGCGAGCGAGCGAGCGCACAGCCAUGCCAAAGACCGAGUGGUCGGCAUCUCUCCCUUGUUCACACCUGCCAUUUGUCGGGACCAUUGGAUCUCACCAAAUUGAACCGACAUUGUGUGUGUGUGCAUGCGAGGGAGUCUGUGGGUGUGAUAGGUGUGACUGUGUGCCAGAGUGUGCUUCUGUGUGCGUGUUACAGGAGCGUGUGUGUGUUUUACCCUUGUGAAUGGCCGAGCUUGCAUCUCCUUGGCUGUGACAGUGUGUGGGACUGUCCUGUGAGGAAAGGUGUGACUCGGGAGGGUUGUACCUGCCCUGUUCGGUGUGUGUCUGUGUGUGUGAAACAGAGAGAGAAACCCUGGGCAGGGGGCACUGGGGGACACUGGCAUUUGUGUGUCUUGGGGUGGAGGGAGGCAGCUGUGUAUGUCUGGGAUAGUUGCAGCUAGUUGUGUGUAUGCACGACACUGUGCAGGGUGCUGGGUUGUGUGUGGGAUGCUGAGAUGUGUGAUGCUGGGUUGUGCAAUGCUCUGUGUGUGUAUGUGUGCGCGCAACCCUGUGCGGGGUGCUGGGGUAUGUGUGUGUGAUACUGGGAUGUGCGAUUUGUGUCUGAAUGACUGGAGGAGAACCUGUGAGUCGUGGAACCUCCCCUGUUGUGUUUUUGUGUCCUGCUCCCCCCGUCCCGGCUCUUUUGUACAUUUUGCACUUUCCUGCCAAGUAAAAGCAACGUUUCCAUCA